AGCCAGUAGAAAGAACAUAACGUCACACGCACAUGCCCAACUCCGGGCGGGAAGGAGCAGCAAAUGUGCAGCAGUGCACUGAAAAGCUAAUCAUCGACAAUAACCAGUUGCCUCGGCAGUUAGUUACCUUUGUACCUUUCCGCGUCGACAAACAAACUUCGCAUGGCCGAGGAGGAGCUGCAAGCGUUCGUGGAGAGCCUGGAUGGCGCCUCGGCGGAGAACAUUGCCAAUGCCAUUGCCAACUUCUCGUUAGACAUGCUGCAGCGGGCCAGCGCCCUAAUUGGCACCCAGCAGCCGCACAGCGGUGCUCUACUUAUCAAUCGAACCCUGGAGGAGCAGUGCAGGCACCAAGCAGAGCUGGAGAAGCGUCUAUACAGCAACAGCAGCAGUAAUGUAUCAUCAAAUGUCAAUUCGGAUUCGCAUUGUCCCACCUCCUUCGAUUCGGUGCUUUGCUGGCCCCGCACCAAGGCGAGCAGCUGGGCUGUUCUGUCCUGCUUCGAGGAGUUCAAAGGAGUACACUACGAUACAACAGAGAAUGCAACACGUUAUUGCCACGCGAAUGGCACGUGGAAUCACUACUCCAAUUACAGCAGGUGCCAUCAGCAAUCGGGCUCCGUGGCUGAUGUUCCCGAGUUCUCAGCCAGCGUCGAUCUGCCUGCCAUUAUCUAUGCUGGUGGUUAUUUUAUAAGUUUUGCAACUUUGGUGGUGGCGCUUAUAAUAUUCCUAGGCUUUAAAGACUUGCGCUGUUUAAGAAACACAAUCCAUGCGAAUCUAUUUUUAACUUACAUCACCUCGGCCCUGCUCUGGAUCUUAACACUCUUCCUGCAAGUGAUAACCACUGAAUCUAGUCAGGCUGGCUGCAUUACGCUGGUCAUAAUGUUCCAAUACUUUUACCUGACGAAUUUCUUCUGGAUGUUUGUGGAAGGUCUCUAUUUGUAUAUUCUGGUAGUGCAGACGUUCUCCAGCGAGAAUAUAAGCUUUGUUAUCUAUGCACUGAUUGGCUGGGGCUGUCCGGCUCUCUGUAUUUUGGUGUGGUCUAUUGCCAAGGCAUUUGCAUCGCAUCUGGAGAACGAUCAUUUCAAUGGUCUGGAAAUUGAAUGCACCUGGAUGAGAGAAUCUCACAUUGAUUGGAUAUUUAAGGGGCCCGCCUCAAUGGCGAUUCUCGUUAAUUUGGUCUUUCUCAUACGUAUUAUGUGGGUACUCAUCACCAAAUUACGAUCGACUCAAACAUUCGAAACACGACAGUAUUAUAAGGCCUCCAAGGCUCUGCUGGUGCUAAUACCCCUCUUUGGCAUCACUUAUCUACUGGUGUUAACUGGCCCCGAGCAGGGCAUUAGUCGCAAUCUCUUCGAGGCACUACGCGCCUUCCUACUCAGCACGCAGGGUUUCUUCGUGGCGCUAUUCUAUUGCUUUCUAAAUUCGGAAGUGCGGCAGACGUUACGACAUCGUUUUGUCAUAUGGCGGGAGAGUCGAAAUAUUCAUCGCAGUAACUCCCGCAAGAAUCGCAGGUGCGUUAACUGCUCGACCAGCUUUAUAAAUGGACAUCGCACAUCCAAAGACUACUCGCAGCGCUCGCGUACUGAAAGUCUACGACUGACCUCGACAAGUCCUGUGCCCGCUGGACAUUUAGAAUGAUACCUAUGUAUAUACCGAACGCCAUUGAGAUUUCUUUUUAAAUACCUACAUAUAUUAGUGCUAUAUAAACAUAUAUAUUUGUAUGUACAUAUAAAGAAAAUAUAUUUGUAUAUAAGUAUUGUAUUGAGCAGACUAUUAAAGUAUUAACUUUU